AUGUCCGCUGAAGAUUACAAAACACUCCCUGUUACAGUGGAAAAAGCUAUCCCGGUUAACUAUGAUCUAGGUAAUCUAUCCGUAUUUGAUUCCAAUUUCAUGGACAAGAAUGAUUUUGAUACAUCCAAUGGUAAACGUGAAGAAAACAUAAAAAAUAUGACCCGUGAUAAUGUACAAUUAUUAAUAAAUCAAUUACUAUCAUUGCCAAUAAAGACAACUACUGAUUCCACUGGGGGUUCUAAUGGUCAAAGCUCAAGUAUGACCCUUUUACAAUUACCUGCUCCAAUCACAGAAUUACCAAGAGAAAAACCAUUACCUAAGGCAAAGGCUCAGACUAAAUGGGAGAAAUUUGCCGCUACAAAGGGUAUUCAACCAAAGGCUAAGACAGGUAAGAUGGUUUAUGAUGAAGCUAGUGGAGAAUGGGUUCCAAAAUGGGGUUAUAGAGGUAACAAUAAAAAGCUGGACGAUCAAUGGUUAGUUGAGGUUGAUGAUAAAGUUAAAGGCACAGACAAUGAAUUGAUUGAUCCAAGAACUUUAAAUAGGGCUGAAAGAAAACGUCUAAUUAAGAAGAAUGAAAAGCAACAAAAGAGAAACUUGAAGAAUGCACAUUAA